AUGGCAUCAUAUUUACGCACAGUUGCAGGAAGUUCACCAUCAAGUGUUAAUUCAAAUAGUCCAACAAAUGAUUUAGGCAAACGUAUAGCAAAAUGGGCUUUAAUUAUUGGAGUACCGACAGCAGUUUGCGUUGCUGCCUAUCUUGUAUAUCGACAACAACAAGAUCAAGCAAAAAAAACAGCUAAUAGACAAUCUUCUUUACCUACACCAUUGUCUAACACUAGUGGAAAUACAACGAAUACAUUAGAAAAUCGACCAAAAGAUCGUUUAACUUUAGCUAUGGAAUUAAAAAAUGAAGGCAAUAUUAAAUAUCGUGAACAUAAAUUUGAUGAAGCUAUUGAUUAUUAUACAAAAGCUAUUGAAACUUGUCCAUCGGAAUCACUUGAAGAACUUUCACAAUUUUAUCAAAAUCGUGCAGCUACUUGGGAAUCACUGAAAAAUUAUGAUAAAGUUAUUGAAGAUUGCUCAAAAGCUAUUGAACUUAAUGCUAAAUACAUUAAAUGUAUCCAACGACGUGCUCGUGCAGCUGAAACAAUUGGAAAUUUUGAAUUAGCUCUCGAAGAUUAUUCAACAGUAUGCUUUCUUGAUUCAUAUCAACCAGCAUAUAUAAUGGCUGCUGAUAAAGUUCUUACCGAACUAGCUAAACGUUAUAUUGAAACUUUACCUGAAAGUACUGCUGAAUUAUCUAAAGAUUAUGUUCGUACAUCGCUCAAUGAAUUUGAAGAUGAUCCAACAUUAAGCCAACUAUUUAUGAAUGAAGUUCGUACUACGCAACCAGAAAGUCCAUUAGCACAUGCUUAUGAAGCAUUUGAACAAGGUCGUUUCACUGAUAUACCAUCAUUAUGUACACAAGAACUUGAUCUAGAGAAUUCAUCACUAUAUGAAUUACAAACUUUAUUAUUUCGUGGUUCAAUCUAUUUACUUAUGGGUAAUUAUACAGAAGCCAUAGCUGAUUUUGAUAGUGUUAUUAAUAAUUCAAAUGCUACAGAAAAGUUAAAACUCAAUGCUGAAUUAAAACGUGCUAAUACAAAAAUUCAUCAACGUGAUCUUGAAGGAGCUCUCUAUGAAUAUGAUCAAUGUAUUAGAAAUCAUCCAAAUGAAUGUUCACCACGUGUUCAUCGUGGAAUGCUUAAAACAUUAUUAGAAAGUUAUUCUGAAGCUCAUGAUGAUUUCAAUGAAGCACUUAAUAUCUCUCCAACAAAUCUUCGUGCUAAAUAUCAAAAACUAAUAAACGACGCAAAAAUUGGUGCUAAAGAAAAUCGACCAGAACGUGUUGAACAAGCAUUAGCUAGUUUUGAAGAAUAUUAUGAUACAUGUAAACAAGAUAUUUAUUACGCUCUUGCAUUAACAUCGUGUUAUUUGGAUAAUGAUCGUAAAGAUAAAGCACUUCAAUAUUUAAAUAGAUUUGUUAAAGAAAUUCCAGAUAAUCCAACAUUAAUGGCACUUAAAGCUAAUUGUUUAAUGUCGAGUGAUCCAUCGAAUAAUGCUGAUGCUGAAAGACUUUUUACUGAAGCUCUUCAAGUUGAUCCUUCCAAUGAAACUGUUCUAACAAUGUUUGCUAUAUUUAAAUGCAACCAAAAUCAAUUUGAGGAAGCUGCAAAAUUAUAUGAACGUGCAAUUCAAUGUACACGUGGUGAUGAAAAACUUCUACAAUAUGCUGCAUUACUCUAUGCUAUUCGAGCUCAAGGUCGAGCGAUUAAACGUCUUAAUCUAAAUUUUCCAGGUGGUUUUCCACAAGCUGGUGCAUUACCUAAUUGGAUGGGUGGUAUGGCUUAG